AUGGCAUCGACAACCUACACCGACAAGGGACCCAAGCCUGAUCGGGGCCGAUUCCUCGCCUUCGACCACAUCACCUUCUGGGUCGGGAACGCCAAGCAGGCCGCCAGUUAUUACUGCACCCGAUUGGGAUUCACCCCCAUCGGGUACAAGGGACUGGAGACCGGAGUGAGGGAUGUCGUCUCCCACGCCGUCAGGCAGAAGCAGGUGGUCUACGUCUUCCAGUCGCCGUAUCAUCCGAACGAGGAGAUGGGCGCGCAUCUGGUGAAGCACGGGGACGGAGCCAAGGACGUGGCCUUCACCGUCGAGGAUCUCGACGGCAUCAUGAAAAAAGCAAAGGAAAGGGGAGCCAAGAUCGUUCGGGACGUUUGGGAGGAGACGGACGAAGGAGGAACCGUCAGAUUCGGCACCGUCCAAACGUACGGGGACACGACGCACACCUUCGUGGAAAGAGGAUCCUACAAAGGAAAUUUCCUUCCCAACUUUAAGGAGCACGAGGAUGCUAACGAUCCCUUGCUUAAAGGACUACCGAAUUGCGGCCUGGAAUUCAUCGACCACGUGGUCGGAAACCAACCAGACCUCUGCAUGGAAGACGUCGCCAAAUGGUACGAGAAGACGCUCCAGUUCCACAGAUUCUGGUCGGUCGACGACAAGCAGGUCCACACGGAAUAUUCCGCUCUCCGGUCCAUCGUCGUCAGCAACUUCGAGGAAACCGUGAAGAUGCCGAUCAACGAGCCGGCGCAGGGGAAGAAGAAGAGCCAGAUCCAGGAAUACGUGGAAUACUACGGAGGCGCCGGAGUGCAGCACAUCGCCCACUUCACCAAAGACAUCAUCAAAUCCAUCGAGAGCUGCAGGCGACGGGGCACGGAGUUCCUCACCAUCCCUGACACCUAUUACGAGCAGCUGAGAGAGAAGCUGAAGACGGCGAAGAUCAAGGUCAAGGAGGACAUCUCCAGGCUCCAGGAGCUGGGGAUCCUGGUGGACUACGACGACGAGGGCUACCUGCUGCAGAUCUUCACGAAGCCCAUGCAGGACCGACCCACCCUCUUCCUCGAGAUCAUCCAGAGACACAACCACAACGGCUUUGGGGUGGGGAACUUCAAGUCACUGUUCGAAGCCAUCGAACUGGAUCAAGCGAGAAGAGGAAACCUCUGAGAAGAUUCCUCUCUUUCCUCAUUUUCCGUUCCAUCACAAAUUCCCUUUCCAUCCUCUCCGAAUCCACCAAAACUUCGUAGUUGCGACUCUCAUCUAGACGUCUUGUUCUCUCUCUUCGUCUGAAUAAAUCAAAUCGGAAUUUCCCCUGCACGAACGCGGC